AUGGGCGACGGUGGAGGGAAGAGCGCGUUCGAUGGCGCGCGGGGGAUGUCGGUGGCGUCCACCGCGGAGGCGCUCGAGGAGUUGGGCUACGCCGCGUCGUACGCGAAGGAUGGAUUGGUUGAAAUUCUAGGGAAGCUGCCGAGGCUGGACGACGUCGGCUUGGCGAAAGUGCUCGGUAUGGUGUGCAGGACGACCGCUGGGUUGGAUCAGGCGAACGGGGGGGACGCGAUGGCUUCGUUGGCCAAGGCGGCGGGGAUCGCCGCGCCGAGCGCAGAGGCUUUGAGGAUGACUACGUGGAACGGGGACGCGGUUGUGGACGCGGUGAACGCGGCGUACAAGGAAUUAAACUGGGAUAACGCGAUGGAAAACCUCGACCAGCCCGAGUUUGGAUGUCCGACGGAGGCCUCUUUCCGAGUGUUGUGCGGGAUGUACUCCAGGGCGACUGGUAAGAGCUUCCCGGCGAAGGCGUUGUGCGCUGCCCCGUGGGGUAAGAAUCAGUCGGGUCAGAUUCAGGCUUUGCGCCAGCUCUUGGGCUCGACCAGAGAACAGUGCGAUUGGGCGGAUUUGAAACACGUCGAUGUUGAGGGUACGACAGUGGGGCCAUGGGCGUGUGUAGAGUUGAUGGCGACUCUCGGAGCGCUGAGUGAGAAGGGACACCGAGACGCGGCGCGGGGGGCUCUCGAGCCUGGCUCGAGCAGAUCGCCGGAGACUGUGUGUAUCACCCUCUCGCAGGCGUGCGAUGAGCACAACACGCUCGCUAGGGACGCGUUUGGCGCGCUCUUGCCCCCGUACGUGGCGGCGGCGCACCCAAAGGCUGGCUUAGUUUUGCGCAACGUGUGGGGGAAGCACUCCGUGGCUGUGAUUCGCGCCAUGGUGGACGCUCACUCUUCCUCGCCCGCGGCGGCGGAGCGCAUCUUCGAGGUGUGCCAAGAGUUGAACGCAUUAAAUGUCGUCAUCGAACGAUCUCCGUUCCCGCUCGCGAUCGAGAUGGUAACGAUCGCGUCAAGGAAGGUCGGCGUCAACCUGGAGCAGUGGAUACAGGAAAAAAUCAAGGCGAGCGGCGCCGCUUCUGUGAGCGCGUGCAUGCGAUUCUUGCGCGCCAGGGCGAUGCAGGAGGGUACUGAAAAGGGCGGUGCGCCCCUCGCAUCGGAUGUGGUCCAGAUUUUCAUGAAGGUUCUCCUGGGCGUGGCUUCGAGCAUGCCGCCCGAUUUGCAAGCAGAGUUACGUCAACUCAUCACGCAGAUUCAAAACUCCCCCAAUAAGGGUCGAGACGCCAGUGCGGAUGAUAUGGCGGCUCAAGCCGGCACCGCGCAAGGAUUCAGCGCGGACAUCGAAGAGGAGGCGAACCGCUAUUUCCAGCGCGUGUACUCUCAGCAGCAAUCCAUCGGUGAGUUGGUGGAGGUGUUGCGAAACUUCCGGGCGAGCCUGGUGCAACGCGAGAGAGAUAUCUUCUCUUGCAUGGUGCACAACCUGUUCGAUGAGUACAAGUUCUUUCCCAAGUACCCGGAGAAGGAACUUCGAAUCACCGCCGUACUCUUCGGACAGCUUAUCCUGCAUAACCUUGUCAGCAACAUCACCCUCGGCGUCGCCUUGCGAUGCGUCUUGGACGCGCUUCGCAAGCCGCAAGGGUCGAAAAUGUUCGCCUUUGGCUCCGAUGCGCUCGAACAAUUCAAGCGUCGACUCGCAGAGUGGCCGCAGUACUGUCAGCACUUGGCUCAGAUCCCACACCUGCCCCAGGCGCAUCCAGACUUGAUGCCGCUCUUCGCCAAGGGUGGCGAUCAAACAGUGGCACUCGGUCGCAGCGAGCCAAGCAUGAACACCGCCGCGAACGCGGACGCGCAGCUCGCCGCUGGCGUCGCUGGUAUGCGGCUUGGCGAUGGUGAAGGAAAUAACUCACCUUUGCCGCGCUCGUUAUCGUCGGCGGUGAACAUCGGUGUGCCCCCGCAACCACCAGGACCACCACCGCCGGGCGAGGUGGGGCCGAAGGCGCCAACUCGAGGCCAGAGCCAACCGCAACUCGCUCGGGUGUCCAGCGGAGGACAGAUGUCGAACAUUAGCAACGCGCCGAGCGGAUUCGCAACGUCGCUCAACAUCGACACCCUGGUCGCCGCGAACGCCGAGGCUGUACAAGCUGACUCGGCAACCGCGGACAAGGUGCACUUUUUGGUGAACAAUCUCUCCGCGGAGAAUGUGGAGGAAAAGUCGGCCGAAGUCAAGGCUAAGGUCACUGCCGAUCUAUACGAGUGGUUUGCGGGAUAUCUUGUCGUCAAGCGCGCGUCGAUUGAACCGAACUACCACACUUUGUACCUCGAGUUACUCGACAAGAUAGGCGAGAAGGCUUUGUACAAGGCUAUUUUACACGCCACUUAUCGUAACAUCAAGGUCUUGCUGUCGAGCGGUAAGGUAAAGACGAACAGCGGUGAGCGAAGCUUGCUCAAGAACCUCGGCUCUUGGCUCGGUCAGCUUACCAUAGCGAAGUGCAAACCAGUGUUGCAGCGUGAUUUGGACGUCAAGGCUUUGAUCCUGGAGAGCUACGAAUCGGGUCGCAUGAUUGGCGUCGUCCCGUUCGUCGCCAAGGUGCUUGAACCGUGCAAGGCUAACAUGAUCUUCCGUCCUCCGAAUCCGUGGACGAUGGCGAUCUUAUCGCUAUUGUGCGAAAUCUACAACGAGCGAGAUCUCAAGUUAAACCUCAAGUUCGAGAUGGAGCGUCUGUUCAAACACUUGGAAGUCAACAUCAAGGACGUCGAGCCGUCGACUUUGCUGGUGUCUCGCAUGCGUGAGCGCAUCAACAACCCCGACUUUGUUGCGGACAAAAACUUCGCCCCACCGCCAGCCUCACAUUCGGCUUCGUCGGAAGGGUCGUUGCAACAAAGCAGCGUCGGCAGUCGGGGCAUGGACGAAGAAGAGAAGAGCCGAUUGCAGACACAAAGUCUCGAGGGCGCCUUGCCAAACAUGCAAGCACACGUUCGUGUCGCUGCGGCGCCGAACCUCCCCGAGUCCACUCGGGCGGCAAUCGUUCGUCUCCUACCGGUGGCUUUGACGCAGGGUAUUCGAGAAAUCGUUGUUCCUGUCGUCGAGCGUUCGGUCACGAUCGCGUGCAAGACGACUCAGGAGUUGGUACGAAAAGAUUUCGCCACGGAGGUCGACAUCAACCGCGUUCGCAAAGCGGCACAUCUCAUGGUUUCUUCCCUCGCCGGCUCUCUAGCUUUGGUCACUUGCCGAGAACCUCUCAAGGCGAGCGUCGCAAAUCAGCUUCGAGCGCUGUUGCAACAAUCCGGCGCCGGUGCUGGCGCCGAGACGGCUGCGCUCGAGGCUGCAGUUCAGUCUGCUACGGUUGAUAACCUCGAGUUGGGUUGUGUCCUCAUCGAAAAGGCGGCUUCGGAGAAGUCGAUUCGAGACAUCGAUGAACUUCUUGCGCCUGCGGCGAUAGUUCGUCAGAAGCACCGCGAGUCUGGGGUCAACCAGCCGUUCUUCGAUGCUUCCAUCAUGCAAGGUCAGCACCUGGCGCUUCCAGAAUCGCUCAGGCCUCGACCUGGGCAGCUUCCCACCGCGGCGCUUCGCAUCUACGACGACUUCGCGCAGCUCCCCCGCGCGCCGCCGCCGCCGCCUUCUGGCGCGCCACCUGCGUUCGCUCGACAACCGUUCGGUCAGCAACCGCCGCCGCCACCCGUGGCUUAUCCAGGCAUGCCGCCACCACCGCCACCGGGCGCGCCACCGCCGCUUCCCCCAGACGCGCCCGAGGGCUCCACGGAAGCCCCAACGGAAGCAGCGAAGGAUGCAUCGAAGACUCUAUCGACUGGAACACAUCCGCACGGUCAACCAGAUCCCGCUGGAUUGCGCGAGAAGGUCGCCGCUCACUUCGACGAGUGGGCUCGAGUUCAGGACUUGCCGCCGACAGACGUGGCGAGCGUUGCAUUCAUUCAGCGAUUGGUCGAAUCUCGACUGCUCGCAGAAGACACGCAAGAACGUUUCUUGCGCAUCUUGGUUGAACUCGCAGUGACACACUGCCUCAGCAGCGAGGUUCCGGGUGCGACGCCGCAGGCGAGCUCUCAGCUCUCGUUCGCCGCGAUUGACGCCUACGUGCGCCUCGUGAUUCGAUUGGUUCGUCGCAAGGAAGAGCCGCUCGCUUCGCGACUGGCGUUCUUCGGUCGGGCCUUGGUAGCCAUCGUGCGCACGGCAAUGCGUGAUACGGAUGAACGAAAUGUGGCUUUUAACGCCCGUCCGUACUUCCGCGCUCUCGCUGGCUUGCUGAACGAGAUGCACCCCUCGGACACGGCAUUGGACUCCUCUCAUCCUCAGGUCCUCGCGGCGUUUGCGUCCGCCUUCUUGGCGCUGCAACCGCUUCGUGUGCCCGGUUUCGCGUUUGCCUGGCUCGAGCUCGUCUCGCAUCGCUGCUUCAUGCCGAGACUUUUGAUUGAUCACGAGCAAAAGGGUUGGCCGCUCCUGCAGCGCCUCUUGACGGCGAUUUUGCGCUUCAUGGAGCCGCACUUGCGCACGGCUGAUCUCUCUGAGCCGAUCAAGUUGCUUUACAAGGGUAUGCUGCGCAUGUUCUUGGUGCUCUUGCACGACUUCCCUGAGUUUUUGUGCAACCAUCACGUGAACUUUUGCGACAUAAUCCCGCCCAACUGCAUCCAGUUGCGCAACUUGGUGUUGUCCGCGUACCCGCGAAACAUGCGACUUCCUGACCCGUUCACACCCAACUUGAAGGUUGAUUUGCUUCCGGAGAUUCAACAGGCGCCGAGAAUGAACGCCGACGCUGAUCACGCGUUCCGCUCCUCGCCCAUGCGCGAGGAAGUGGACUCGUUCCUCAAGACUCGAAAGCCUGAGAACUCGAGCCAGCUCUUGGUUCAUCGCUUGACGUUGUCGCCAUCCGCCGCCCUCACUGCGGGGACAAAGUACAACGUUCCGCUGCUCAAUGCUUUCGUUCUCUACGUCGGCGUCCAGGCGAUCCAGGCCAACCGAAAUAAGGACGCAUCCAGUGGCAUCGCUCAGAGCGCUCCCAUGGAGCUCUUCUCGCAGCUCAUUCAAGCGUUUGACAUGGAGGGUCGUUAUCUCUUCGUCAACGCGAUCGCGAACCAACUUCGCUAUCCGAACUGCCACACGCACUACUUCUCGUGCGUGAUCUUGUACUUGUUCUCCGAAGCCAAGUUCGGAAUCAUUCAAGAGCAAAUCACGCGCGUGCUCCUCGAAAGACUGAUCGUGAACCGGCCGCAUCCGUGGGGUUUGUUGAUCACCUUCAUCGAGCUCAUCAAGAAUCCGCGAUACAACUUCUGGGGACACUCUUUCACCAAGUGCUCACCAGAAAUCGAGCGACUUUUCGAGUCUGUCGCUCGCUCGUGCUUACCGCAAGACAAGGAAGGUACCGCGCAAAGUAAGCCGGUGCCGGUGCACGCGAGCUAA